AGAGUCUGUGCCUGUGUGUGUGUAUGUGUGUGUGUGUGUGUACUGUAUGCACGUAUGUGUGUGAUUGUGAGUGAGGCUUGAGGAGAGAGCGACAGACCAGGAGGAGAGUGGACUCAGAGAGCAGCACAUUGUUCCCACUCAAGACACUAAUCUGGGUUUACACCAAGGAAUAACACAAAGAUAAACACUGGAGUGAACCUCAGCAAGAUGUCAGCUUAUAACUGCUCUUCGUACGCAACCGGCGAAAAGGGAGAGUGGCUCUGUCCUCCAAAAGAAAAGUGUUCCAACGUGACCCUUGGCAUGAACAGCAGCCACGUUGAUCUGGACGACGCAUGUCUGACGGAGGAAGGGUACCUCGAGAAGUACCUGGGUCCCCGUCGAUCGUCUGUGUUCUUGCCCAUCUGCCUCAUCUAUCUGGUCAUCUUCUUGGUAGGCGUCUUGGGGAAUGUGCUGACGUGCACUGUCAUCGCACGCAACAAAGUCAUGUGGACGCCGACUAACUACUACCUGUUCAGCUUGGCUGUGUCAGACCUGCUGGUGCUGCUGCUCGGGAUGCCGUUAGAGCUGUAUGAGCUGUGGCAAAACUACCCCUUUCUCCUGGGGAAGGCGGGCUGCUACUUUAAAACCUUCAUAUUCGAGACGGUCUGCUUGGCGUCCAUCCUCAACGUGACCGCUCUGAGCCUGGAACGUUACAUUGCCGUGGUGCACCCACUCCGGGCAAAGUAUGUGGUGACACGAACCCACGCCAAGCGAGUCAUUCUCACGGUGUGGGGGGUGUCGGUGUUGUGUGCUGUGCCCAACACGAGUCUGCACGGGAUCUACAUUCUCCAAAGCCGCUCCGCAGGCCCCGCUGGGAACACGAGUGUGGAGAUCGCCGACUCUGCCAUCUGCACGCUGGUGAAGCCACGCUGGAUGUACAACCUGACCAUUCAGGUGACCACCUUGCUGUUUUUCAUUCUGCCCAUGCUCACAAUCAGCGUGCUCUACAUGCUCAUCGGGCUGCAGCUGAAACAUGAGAAGAUGCGCCAAGCAAUGGAGGCAAAGUCGGGCUUUGGCCAGGACAGCUUCUGUAACAUCCGUACACAGCAGCAGAAGGCUCGUCGCCGGCAAGUCACUAAAAUGUUGUUUGUCUUGGUCGUGGUUUUUGCCAUCUGCUGGGCCCCGUUUCACACUGACCGCCUCAUGUGGAGCUUCAUCAGUGACUGGACUGACGACCACCGGGAAAUCUUCCAGUACGUGCACAUCAUCUCCGGAGUGUUCUUCUACCUCAGCUCAGCAGUCAACCCGAUCCUGUACAACCUCAUGUCCACGCGCUUCAGAGAAAUGUUCAAGGAGGUAAUGUGCCACAGGCCGCAUCACAUCACUCCGAGGAAACACUCACUCAGUGUCACACGGGUGACACUUCGCAGCACCCUGAGCGAUGCGCCGCUCGGCAACGGAGCCGGUGUUGUUGAAGCCAAGGCGGACAACGGAGAAAUGAGAACAAAAGAAGAGACCACUUUUUCAUGUUAGAGAGAAUGCUCUGGUCUGAGUCAGUGUAUCCAUCAAGUGGCAUCGACGUCCAGCUUUGAAGAGGUGUAUCAGCAAAAUCCCUAAACGUGUCUUAGCGGAAGAGUUUCCUGAAAUAGUCUGCAGUGUCGAAAUCUUAAAACACCUACAUGAACUAUUCUGAACACACCUGGGAAGUCUUUCAUACUGCCUUAAUGCUACAACUAGAAUGCCCCUUACAAUGACUCAGAUUGAACAACAGACAGCGUUUAAAUGAUGAAACUAUUUCCUGAUGGUAUAAGACACUGAAAGUUUGUCAGGUAGAGUAAGAAUAGUUUAAAAACAGGUUCCCUGCAUUUUGCCUGAUUUUGAUUGUACACUGGUGCGUAUUUAGGAGAGGACUGCACACUGAAACGACCAUGUGCACCGUGCAACAUUUUGUGGUUUUGUAGCCGCACUUGCAGCAAACGCCAUGAAUGUGUUGUCGUUUUAUUUCUAAAGGAGGCAUAAACGAAACUUUCCAACAGGCUGUCUGCUAACCUAGCUGACCUGAGACAGCACGCUAGGCAUAGCAUUAAAAAGGGACUUGGGGUUAUAAGCUGAGUUUUUCAAAAUAGUGAAUGCUUUCCUGUAAAUAACUUUGGAUGCCCGAUGUGUUUCUCCCAUUUAAAAUGUCUAAAAACAGCUUCAAGUAUUUAGGUAUGCAUAUCUGCCAUAAGCUAACAACUUUCCACCCCUAAUCGACACAAGCUUAAAUCAGAUCUGGAAAAGUGGAAUAAUUUGCCACAAUGUAACUAUAGCAGACAGGGUGAACUGCGUCAAAGUGAACACGCUUUCAUGUUUUCUGCAUCUUUGCUAAUCUUUUUACCCAAUUCCUUUUUUUGGGUUGGAAACAAAUUAAAUUGCAUCUUAUAUAUGGAAACAGAAGACUAAGGAGAGUUUUUACAAAGGCAUAAGUCCAUAGGUGGUUUGUCACUCCCUAACUUAAGACUCUACUAUUGGGCUGCUAACAGACACGAAUUGACUCUCUGGAUCCAGGAACCUGAAUUAAACAGGUGUAAACUGGAAGCUAAAUCCUGUUCUACUUCACUUUUAGCUCUGUUAACAUCAAAAAUGCCUUUUCGUCUCCACCCUUAAAAUAUGGGUUCAAUUUAGAUAUACUUUUGGACUCCAGGGAUUGUCUAAUCCGUAUUAAUAAUCAUCUCUUCCUCCCUCACGACACAGAUACAGCCUUUUCUCUGUGGGAGAGUUCAGGCUUAGUUAGGCUAAGGGACCUCUAUACUACCAAUGUCUUUGCUAGAUUCAAUGAAUUAUGAAAAAAAUGUAACCAUCCAAAAUUACUUAUUACAAUACCUCCAGGAUAGUAACUUUGUUAAAUCAAAUAGCACCUCUUUCCCACCAAAUCCCACCUAACUCAGUCACUGACUCUUACAAAGGAGACAGGCCAUGUCUCUAAAAUUUACAGCUCAGUCUCCCAUCUUACUGAGACGUCUCCUGAUAAAAUCAAAAAAGAUUGUGAAGAAGAACUUCGUAGAGUCAUAGAUGAAAGUGACUGGAACUGGGAGUUCAUUCCAAUAUCGUGGAUACAUGCAAUAGAUGUCACAUGACACCAGCCAACAUGACAUACAUGUUUUGGUCCUGAGAUUGGUGGGAGAUUACUGGACAGCGAAAACAUCUACAUGAACAUAAACAUCUUGCAGAGGCACUAAAUAUGAAGUUGGCACCAUGUGCAGAAUUAUGAAUGGUUGUUGUUUUCAGAAAACGAAAAAGUCUGUCUUUGCAAAAAGUGCUUGUACAGGAGAAAAUCCAUGUCACAGUUUGAAAUCAAAGAGCCCUUUAGGGAGAAAUGUGAACUUGGAUAAAUGCGUAAAAAAAGCAGCACCACACUGUGUGUUGGCAACAAGAAGUCGUGACACAAAAUGCUCCUGACAACAUCAGGUGUCCACACACAUCACCGUCAAUGCCUCUUGCCCUCGACCACACGUGUCAAACAUACGGCAUGCGGGCCAAAAGUGGCCCACCAGAGGGUCUAAUCAUCAGCAUGAAUUUGCAAAAUGUGAAAAUGACAUAGAAGACUG